AUGGACGAACCUCCGCCGGACGAAUUCUCAUCCAUGGAACAGGUCGUGUUUUUACCAUCCGCAGAUCAGACGUCAGCAGAGUCGCAAGCCACGAGCCCGAAACUGCCUGCACCGGCCGCCUCGGCCAACGAGGUCCGGGCGUACCUCCGGGACCUCCUCAUCACCAAGCAUAACCUUCGCAACGACUUUGCAGAAUCCGUCUCGCGCAGCUGGAAAAUCGGCCGCGGCUGGACCCUGCGCUCGUCCCCCGUGAGCGCGUUUACGAAGCGUUUUGGCGCGGAACUGGGGCCGCAGCUGUACUGGGCCGUUAGGCACGAGAAAAAGGCAGAGACAUGGGCCAAGGAGGCGGAGGCUUUUCGGCUCUGGAGAGCUUCCGGAAAGGCCUGCGAUGAUCAAUGCAACACUGGUUUGUCUCUGCUGACGGCGGGACUCAUGCUGCUCUUGAGUCAGAACGUCACGCUUGCUCUCUUUAUCAUCGCAGUCCCCCAGCUAUUUCUUAGCGCAGCCUUGCCCACGGCUAAUGUCCAAGGCGUGGUGCGGGUGGCUGCUAUUUGUUCUCUAUGUUAUGUCUUCGAUGUCUUCGGAAAAAGGAAGAGUGGGUAG